UCUUAAAAAUGGAGCCGUUAGGACGGAGGUUUGUGUGGAGGAGAAGGAAAGGAGACCGCUGAUAAAAGUCGAGUUAACGGCCUUAUUCCAAUGAGUAAUUUUAUGAACGGGACAUUUGUUAAGGCAUAGCGGGCCUUCAUGAGGAGCCCCGAGCUGUUGGCAUGUCUGAGAAAACAGCCGCAGCCCGGAGCUCGAUGUUCCAUUUUUAUCUAUUUAUUUUACUCUGAAGCAGGAAUUCAGACGGAAGACUUAUAUAUCUAAAUCUAUAUACACGUAUAUAGAUAGACUAAGUUAUAUUUUAAACAGAUUUUACGCGCAGUUAUACGGGUCGGGCUGCUUGUUUCGGUCGUUUUCGCCCGCUGAAAGCCAUGUACAACACUGUGUGGACGGCGGAGAAAGCUGGAGAGGAAGGAGACUGGCGGGACGUGAUGAUGCCCUAUUCCACCGAGCUGAUCUUCUACCUGGAGAUGGACCAACCUCCAGCUCUUCCUCCGAAGCCAACAAAGCCCCAGCAGUCUUCUUCAACCGGGGUCGGAGGUGCCGGCGGCGAUGAUGAAGGGGCUGGAGGCUCGCUGCAGGAAGCAGAGUGGUACUGGGGCGACAUAUCCAGGGAGGAGGUGAACGAUAAGCUCAGAGACAUGCCCGACGGGACCUUCCUGGUUCGGGACGCCUCCACCAAGAUGCAGGGAGACUACACGCUCACCCUGAGGAAAGGAGGCAACAACAAGCUAAUCAAGAUCUACCACAGAGACGGGAAGUACGGCUUCUCUGAGCCGCUGACGUUCAGCUCGGUGGUGGAGCUCAUCAGCCACUACAGACACGAGUCUCUGGCCCAGUACAACACCAAGCUGGACGUGAAGCUCAUGUACCCGGUGUCCCGCUUCCAGCAGGACCAGCUGGUGAAGGAGGACAACAUUGAUGCUGUGGGGAAAAGGCUGCAGGAAUACCACAAUCAGUACCAGGAGAAGAGCAAGGAGUACGACCGGCUGUACGAGGAGUACACAAAGACCUCACAGGAGAUCCAGAUGAAGCGAACGGCCAUUGAGGCCUUCAAUGAAACCAUCAAGAUCUUCGAGGAGCAGUGUGACACCCAGGAGCGCUACAGCAAGGACUACAUCGAGCGCUUCUGCCGUGAGGGUGACGACAAGGAGAUGGAGCGGAUCAUGGUGAACUUUGAGAAGCUCAAAUCCCGACUCGGAGAGAUCCACGACAGCAAGGUGCGAUUGGAGCAAGACCUGAAGACGCAGGCCACCGACAACCGCGAAACAGACAAGAAGAUGAACAGCCUGAAGCCUGACCUCAUACAGCUCCGCAAGAUCCGGGACCAGUAUCUGGUCUGGCUCAAUCAUAAAAGUGUUCGGCAGAAAUGGAUCAACGACUGGCUCGGAAUAAAGAACGAGAACACAGACGAAGGCUACUUUAUUACCGAGGAGGAUGAGAACUUUCCUCACUACGAUGAGAAGAGCUGGUUCGUUGGAGAUGUGAACCGAACGCAGGCGGAGGAGCUGCUCGCCGGGAAGCCGGACGGAGCGUUUCUGAUCCGGGAGAGCAGCAAGAAGGGCUGCUACGCCUGCUCUGUGGUGGUGGACUGCGAGGUGAAGCACUGCGUCAUCCACAGCACGCCGCGCGGCUUCGGUUUCGCCGAGCCCUACAACCUGUACGGCAGCCUGAAGGAACUGGUCCUCCACUACCGCCAGACCUCCCUGGUGCAGCACAACGACUCUCUCAACGUGCGGCUCACCUACCCCGUUUACGCACAGAUGCCCUCCGUUUGCAGAUGAACCCCGAUGGCGAAGGAGGGCGGAGCUUAGACACAAACCAGAGACGGACUCGACACCUGCUGCAUCAACCACAUCAGCAAACUCGGAGUUACAAAUAUAUUUUUACAAGAACGUUUUCAGAGGGCAUUCUUCAUAAAGACUGCUUGAUUUGCACAAGGAAGUUUAAAUGUUUGUGAAUGUGAAAUUUCAAAUAAAAAGUGACUGAAGGAAGGAAACGGAGGAGGAGACGUCAGUUUCAGGUCGACCCCCGCUGCUACCUAGCGUCCCGCUCGGACUCUUCCAUCAGAAACAUUCCUGUCGUUUCAUGGCUCGGUUCCAUUGGAGGAAAUGAGAAAUGUAGCAUAGCCAGGCACUUCCUGUUUAGACUGCUGCUGUGGGGUGGGGGGGCUGAGCAACAACAGGUUUGCUUUUUAGUUUCUGUGCCGGUGUGCAAACGGCAGCGCCACCGAGCAGAACCAGAGACCAAAGUUAGACAGGGAAGGUGGUCGUUAUGUUGGAGAGGAGAGGCGUCGUCUGCUUCAGACCAAACAGAUUUACAAACCUGCUCCUCCAGGAACCUCCUGAACUCAACUGUUCUUUACUUGAUCCAAAUUAAAACUAUUUGGCAGAUAAAGUUCUUCACUUCGUUCUGGUUCCAGUUCCUUCAGAUCCACAUUCAGCAGCUGCUGGAAGACGACUCACAGACCAACAGCCAAUCAAAAUGUGAGCUUCUAGUUUCUCUUCUGACCGCCUGAUUUUAGAUUAAAACCUUUAGAAAUGUAAUAAUUCACACAGAACCGCGUUCAGCCGCGUUUUGGCUUGAUUUAUAAACACUGGAUGUUUCUAAAUCCUGGUUCAAACUGGGUGUAUAAGUCCUGCUAGCUGCGCUGCUCAGAGUUUAUAAAUGAAGCAUCCAGGAAAGACGAGAUGAAUCGGAGCUCGGAUCCAAGCUCUGGAUCUGCUGUGGUGGGCAGACCUGACCCGAUUUUCUAAAAUCAAAACGUGUGAAAGAAAAUAUUGUGACUGACGGAGCUGAACGCCCCACCAAGGAUUCAUUUAUUCAUGGGCACGAGAAUCAGAACAUUACUGCCAUCUAGUGGUUAAGUUGUGAACUACAGCUAACUGUAGCUGCAAAAGGACAAUUAACUUUGUUCUAGUUUAUGCGAAGUAUUAAAAAAACAAUCUGAGGUUCUGAAACUGGUCGAGCUCACAAGAUGAAUUUGUUUGAAAUGGAAUCAGAGUUCAACAGAUUUCACAGCCAGUUUUAUGUUGUCCAGGAGACCAUCACAUAAAUCUGGACAGUCCUCUUCCUGUAGAUGUUUGGGUGUUAAUCACCGAUUGGCUGAGUUACAGGUCAGACGAAGCCUCUGCCUCUCCUCCCAUCGGUACUGAUUCUAACGGAUAAUAAGCCAGAGAUUUGGGUCUGGAUCCGUCUGAACGUUAGUGAUGUCAGCGGAGCUGAAAGCCAUCCAUCGGAAAAACUGUCCCCUUUUGUUUGGCUCCAGAUGUUUGGAAACUUAAUAAAAUGGAACCAGGAGAUGGUUCUACUCAAUGUGACGCCAGCUCGUCUUCAGACGGGUCCACGCUGUGAUCCUGAAAGCAAGAAGAGAGGAAGAGGAGCUGAACUGUGAAGAUGUUCAGAAUGAUUGAUGCCGUUUUCAUGGCAGACUUCCUGAAACACUCCAGACUUUGGAUAUUUGAGUUUCUCUGAUAAGCAGCGGUUUUACCUGCAGGUUCCCUCAGACUGAUCCAGCACCGUGGAUCGGGUCAGGCAGACCUCCAGCAGCACUCCAGACUUUAGUUUCUCUGAUGCAUUUCUGCAACACAAACAGCACAAACUGUUAUGGUUCCUUGGUUCUACAAACCUUGCCAGCAGAAAAUCCAGCCCGUCCCGUUUCUAACCGCUCCGUUUGGUUUGUUUUCUAAUCAGGGACGGCGGCAGAACCACAACGUCUUCUCGAUUGUACAGAGAUGAAUUCGGAUCAGUUUCAGUCGUCUUUGAACCGUGUUCACCGACCACACAAUAACCUCUGCAGGUGCUAUCGGAGAAACAGGCUGAUCGGAUUCAGGAUUUUCCGGGUUUUUAUCCCUCAGGUGUUUUCAGGUUUACCGUACGGACUACCACUCAACAAAGCCAGCGAUGCGGGAAAAUAAAGAAGUAAAUCAGGGUUUUUCCUGUUUGGUCAGUUAUUCCUAUCCUAGUAGUUUUACUCUGAACGUCUCUCCUUCCUCUUCAUCACCACACAUUUUUCCUGUCUGCAUGGGGAACUGGUGAAACUCAUACUACUUGAAGUGUUUUGCAUCGGCCACUGUUGAAUGUCUUUAUAUGAGAAUUUAUGAAAGUUUUAAAGGAAAGGAGUUUCCUUUCCGUUUAUGCUGAGCAGAGUUUAUCACAGAUGAUGUACAGGACAGCGUCUCAGAGAUCCCAUGGUUUUCCCUUCAUGUAGGGCUUGGAUGAAGUUGCACACAUUUACCUGUGAUGUCUGCAUACAUGGAGAUGUCUUAUCAUACAGAUAUAGAUCUAUAUUUACAGUUUAUAUGAAGCUAAAAGGAGGAACAGUUUGAAAGCUUGUUUUUGUCACUGAAACAUUUAAACCAAAGAUUUUAGUUUGUUUUAAUCUUUUAUUUUACUAGAGGAUUUUAUUUGCUGUAAACUCAGAAAGCGCUUGGAAAUAAGGUUUGCAUGGAUGGUUAUUUUUUGUGACACAUCAACAAGGAUCCGUCUGUAAAAUGCUCGUUUAGUGACAUUCCAGAGGUUAAAACCAGACCUGACUUAGUUUGUAUAGCGAUAAAAAUCUUUCUUCUGUCGGGUUUUUAAGAAGAAAACAACUAGAACUCGCAGCUUCUUACUCACGCAGUUCCUUCUGUUUGCACAUGAGAACCACAGCAGGAGUCCGGUUUUCUUUUUUCUUUCUGGAAAAUUGUCCUGCAGAAAUCUCUGAAACUCUUUUAAUAAAUUCAGGGUCUCAACUGGUCCUGAAAAGUUCAUGAGAAAGAGAGUUUAAAUAAACCAGGGCACUUUUAUACUCAUUUUAUAUAAAUAGACAGGAUUUCUGUCCAUUCCUGCAAUGUUCGUACAUCUGAAUGAAAAGAAUCUAAGACUAAAACUAAGGUUUCUGUUGGAUGAUUUCCUGGCUUUCCGUCCCAGAUGCCAAUAUUCCUCCUUCCUGCCCUGCGUGGCGCUGAAACUGAGGUCAAAGCGAAACAAUCUGCUUUAUCAAGUUUACUUUUAACCGACUGUUUGGUUGAGGUUUCCACCUUUGGGAAAACUCGAAUCUUUCCUGGAAUAUUUCCGGGAAACAGACUUAGGAAAAGCGAAGGCGUGGAGGACGUGGUCUCAGCGUUUUCCGGGCCGUUUCUACUCCCAACCAUCCCAGGACUGUUAAACCAGCGACUGUCUGUCGUUUUCCUCAGCAGCUCUGCAAAGUUUUAUUUGCAGCAAAGGUUUGAAUAAGUUGUGAUUCUCACUGAGGAGUCGUGUUGUGUUCUUACCACUGCGUUUCUGACCACGUCGCCCAGCACAACUUAUAAAGAAAUAAAUCUCAAAGUCAUUUAAACAAAAGAUUUUUACUGUAAAUGACAUCCCGUCCCGUUCUUCCCCGUUUACAGAUCCAGCAUGCAUAUUUGGUAAUUGACUGUUGUUUUUUUGUGUAAAAAUUGAAAAAUGUUAAAAAGAUGUCUUUGGAAAAACUGUUCGUCUGUUUAUGGUGUUUUCUGAUCUGAAUUGAAUCAUGAGCAAAUUUAGCCUCGCUGCGCACAGCUCAAACAACUUCCCGUCCUUUUUCUGUCGCUUGUUUGAUGCUAAAAACGACGCAACGCCGACAAAGACGACCAUUAGAAGUCUGAACUGUUGAUUUGUCUUCUGCCCUUGAAGGUUUUUCCAUUCGGUCCAGAACUUUAAUCCCUGUGAAACUUUAGUGUCUAACUGAGCUGUUUGGUUCUGUUGAAGAACUCUUUGUGCUCGCUCUCUCGGCGUUACGUUCUCCCAUAUCUGCUUUGGGCUUUACUCGAUAUUCUCUCCAGGUUCGCUCCGUCACGCCUCACCUUUCUUUCUCGUAUCGGUUGCAGAAGUUGUUGGUUGUAAAAUUCUGAAUUUGUUUGUACGAGAUGAACUCGUGUAUCAGUGGAGCUCUACCAUGUUCGCAUCUGUUGCAGAAUAAAGAAAAUAUUUUGAUCAAAUGCAAA